CUGUUUUGUACGGGCGCAGAGGGCGAUGCCGGUAGACGCGUACGACCCUGAGAAGGACGAGGUGUAUUGGUGGGUGGUGCUUAGCACUGUGUUAACCUGGAUAUUGGCCGUCGUGGCAGCGGCUGCGGACACAUGGUUUCAAAGCGGCAACUUCAGUCUUGGAGACGAGUGCUACGGCGGCGGCGGCUUCUGCGCCCGGUACGCGACUGCAACCGCAUUCCAAUACAUCGCAACGCUGGCGUGCUCGGCGGCGGUAUUGCUCCUCGCUCUUUCAGCCUUCGCAAAAGGCUACGGGGGCGAAAUCCACUCCCCGGUCGAAGGGGUGAGGGGUGCGGGACAACCGCCACCUUGGCGAAGCGGCCUGAUUUCGUCGCGUGAGCUCGGCAGGGCCGGCGUGUGGGGGUUGCUGGUGUUCACCGUGGCGGAGAUUCUUGUGUUCAUCGUGAUGACGGACCUAAGGAAUCGCGAUUUAUCGGCAAUAAGCCGAGGCGACGCGUACAACUGUGCCAUCACGGCCACCGUGUUCGCGAUCGUGCAGGCGUUCGCCCUGUCGCGACUUCGCGACCACGGCACAUUCAACGGUGGCAUCGUCUACAAGGAGAAUACUGCUCAUGAUGUUGGGCGUUACUGCACUGUAUACAACGCGUAUCACGCCGUAAUCGUCAGCGCGCUGCUCAUUACUUGGCCGUUUGCGGUUGAGGGAGCAGCUGGCAACCAAUGGGUCGGAUCUCCGGUGGCUCUCGCAUUGGGCGGGACUUGCAGAGUCUACUCGAGUGACGACUUCUGCCCUGGAUACUACAUCGCCACCUUGAUCCAGUAUCUGGCCACCGUGGUAUGCUCAUGUGCGGUGGUAGCACUGGCGCUGGCUACCAUGAUCGAACGGCCUGUCGGAUCUCUCGUGCCUGAUGUCCUUCAACGUCAGGAGCUCGUGAAGACCGGAGCCUGGGGGCUCCUGUGUUACGCCGCUACGCAGUUGCUGGCGUUCGCCGUCGUGGCGGGUAUCAAGGAGGAAUGUGAGAAUGUGACGUUGGGGAGAGUUUCCCGCCCGGCGUUUCAAAAGGCCCAAUGUCCCUUGGCCACGACUGCUCUGGCUCGUUUCGGCCCUCAGCAGAACGGGUUCCAAUCGGUUCACUAUUGGAGGACUGCAGCCAGCUCGAUGAUUACGUUCUUGUUUUCCGUGAUCAUUGCUGUCGACGAUGGUUGGCUUCGUGACAGAGGCAAGUUGGACUCCUGCACGAACAGCGACGAGGAGCAUUGCGGAACAUACAAAGCUGCCGUCGACUUCCAGAAGCUCGCUACCUGUUGCUGUUCUUUCGCUUUCGCGAUGCUCGUGGGGUCCGCCAUUGCUCCAACAAAAACGCGAGAGGCGAGCUCCGAAACGUCGACCUACCUGGGCUGGUUGGGAGGGUGCUCACUCGUGCUGUACGCCUUGACGCAGCUCGUCGUUCUCUGCAUGAUGUCAGGGAUUCGGAAUCGAUGUGAGCUGCUCCCCGGCGGUCGUGGCUUCUUUAGCCCGCCUGUGCGCUGUUGGCACCCCGGCAGAAGUUUUUCUGAUCUCUGAAAACGUGAAAGCGUACGUAAGCAGUCUUCAAACAUCGAUAGGUACCUAGCAUUGCCAGAAAACACGACGUGGGAACCGGAUGUAGACGCGGGGUGGGUUCCCUUGUGACCGCGAGCGAGGUUGGUAAGGCAUUCGAUAAGCCCAUUUCGUUUGUGAACUACGAUAACCAAAAAUGAAUGUAGUUAACUCGUUCGUGUACCCGGCCGCAUAGGGAUUCUCUUUAUUACGAGCCCAUUCAUUUAUGCACGCCGUCGUCCUUCUGUCCGGUUCUGCUCGUCGGGGAUGGCCAUGUUCGCCGCUCGCUACGCCCCAAAGACUUCCACGCGAUCCGAUACGGACCCACGCUCGGUUUUGCGCUCUUCACCUCACUCAUGGCAGCUGUUCAGGUGACGAAGCGCCCAGCGGUAGAGCUGGAGGGAGGGUGGUGGUCGUGCCUUACUUUUGGUGGCAACAUCUCGCAACGCUACUGCGAUUGGGCCGCGCCACCUUUUGCUUGAAUACAUAUCAUGCCUGUGCGCAUGAAGCACAGCAUUACAAUUUUCGCAACUCUUGUUGAGACUGUUAACCACAGGGAGGUGGACUAUCACUAUGUAAAUAUGCGAGAGAAUCACAAAUGUUACCCGAUCACAUCGUUUGUCCACCGUUAACUUUUCGUACCGUUGUAGUUCAAGGAUAGAGGCGGUGUCACUGCCUUUUAAAUAGAAUCCAAACAAUUCAUACUCCGAGCACAAGGUUGACGUGGUGCGAUUCAGCGGGUCAAGGUGUUUGACAAGGCACUGCAACCUGUGGUCUCCGUUCUGAAACCAAGAGACCUGUCCAGCGUGUGUACAGCAUGUCGCU